UGAAAGAUCAAUUUAAAGGCAAUUUUGUUGGAGCUUUUCUGCUAAGUCCAAAAAUAGUUUUAGAUUUUCAAAAAAUUACUCCUUAUUUAACUAUUAAUCCAUUAAAAAGUUUUAGCAGAAAAAAGAUUUUUUUUUAGUUUUCAUCUUAAACAUUAUACUUCCUAUAAUCAAAUAAAAGUUAAUAGUUUAAUCAUAGUCAAUAGAAUAUAACUAUGGUCUGGAAGUCCAUUGUUUUAUGUUAUUGUUCGCGUUUAUUUGUGUCACGUGAUCUAAGAGUGUGCAAAACAAAGUUCAAAUAAACAUACCAAGUUCAAACAAACCAACAAAUUUCAUAUAAAUAAAGUUAACACAGUUUUAUUCAAAGCUACAAUCAAGUUAUGCCUGGCAGGAAUUGUGCUUUUCCAACUUGUACAGUUUCUUAUACAAGUAAGCACAACUUUAUGAGCAGCUUCCGAAUUCCAACAAGAAAGUGUGAGUCUGACUGGAAAAAUGAUAUCGUUAAAGUUUUAAAUAAAUACCCUCAAAUAGAUAAGUCAUUACAGGAGAGGAUUGAUGCUGGUCGUGUUUAUAUAUGUGAACGUCAUUUUAAACCUGAAGAUAUUGAGUUGACAAAAUCUGGUCGCAAAACAUUGAAACUUGGUUCAGUUCCAACAUUGAAUUUACCUGUGAAAUCACAUGAAACAUUCACAGCUGAGCGAAGAAAACUUGAAAAAGUUUGUAUUAAUAAACCGAAAACCAAAAAAGCUGUUUGUUACAAGCACUGGGAAGACUUUGUGUCUCGUGCAACAAAAUUAAAGAAUGUAUAUAACUGACAGGUUACAAUUGACGAUAACAAGCAAAUUGCUCAGUUUAAAAAUUUUGAGAUACUAUUUUCUCUACCGAAGUGCGAAGUGAUUGUAAAUGAUUCUUUGGAAUUUACAUGUUUGGUGUUUGGUUGGAAACUUUCAGAUGAUCAUAUAAUUUACAAAGAUUUCAAACAAAGUAUGACAAAUGUAUUGAUACAGAACUUACUGCAAAAAAUAUCAUUGCUCAAUGUUUGCAAAGGAAUUGAUCAAGAAAUAAUAAAUUCCAGCGUAUUGAAUCAUGUUAUACCUUUUGAUUACGACCUUGAUACAAUAUCUCCUAUGCAAUAUAAAGAGUUAAAAAGACAUAAAGAUUGUAGGGUUUUACAUGAAGAAAGUGAAUGUGAUAUUUGUAAAAAAGUUAAAAUAUUAAUGAAAAAACAAUUUAAAUCUAAAAUAAAGAUUGAUAACACUGCAGCAAAGUUAAAAGCUCCUCUUACAAAAACAUCAAAGAAAAGAAUUGUUCUUGCAUUACAACAAGAACGAGUUAAAACCAAAGAAUUAAAAGAAAAAAUUUAUCGAAUGAGAAAAGAAAUUGAUGCAAAGGGUGUGGAACUCAACAAAGAUUUUAUUAAUGAUAUAAAUCACAUUAUGGAUUGAGCAAAAAAAAGCUUCUACUAAUCAGAAGAGUUUAAAAUAUCAUCCUAUGAUUAUCAGAAUCUGCUUAUCCCUUUUCAUGAAAUCAGCAUCAGCAUAUGAUGAACUUAGGAAUUCCAUGAUACUCACUCUGCCAAGUCGGAGGACUCUUAGUGAUUAUAAAAAUGCAAUACGUCCAUCAGUCGGGUUCAAUCCUAAUGUAAUUGAAGAACUCAAACUGAUCACUAACAACUUAAAUGAUGUUCAAAGAUUUAUAGUACUCUCUUUUGAUGAAAUCAAAAUUAGUGAAAAUUUAGUGUAUGACAAGCACUCAAAUGAGCUUAUUGGCUUUGUUGAUCUUGGAGAUCCGCAUUUAAAUUAUAGCACUUUCAAAGACAUUGAUGACCUUGCUUCUCACUGCUUAGUUUACUAUAUUAGAGGUGUUGCUUCCGAUUUAAAGUUUGCUUUGGCAUAUUUUGCUACUAAAGGUGUUACUGCAAGUCAAAUUAUGUCUACUUUUUGGAAAGCAGUGUCUGUGUUGGAAUUAGAGUGUGCUCUUAAAGUAAUUGCUGCUGUGUCUGAUGGUGCUUCUCCAAAUCGACUGUUCUACAAAAUGCACAAAGGGAUGGAUAACAUUGAAUCAUUUGUUGUGUACCGUUCAAAAAAUAUAUUUGCAGACCGCUACAUAUAUUUUUUUUCUGAUGCACCACAUCUUAUAAAAACAUUUAGAAAUUCAUUGCAUCAUUCUGGAGAUAGUGAAAAUCAUACACGUAAUUUAUGGAAUGAACAAAAAGUUAUAUGGAGUUAUUUCGUGAAAUUAGUGAAUGAUGAUAUUUUCAGAGAUUUAAAGUUGCUGCCUAAAUUGACCUUAGAGCAUGUUCAAUUAAAUUCUUUUUCUGUUAUGAAUGUUCGAUUAGCAGCUCAAAUUCUUAGCAAAAGCGUUUCAAAUGUCUUACGCUUAAAGUAUCCCACAGAAACCCAUGUAAGCACAGAUAUGUGAAUUAAUGGAUAAAUUUUUUGAUUGUACGAUUACUCGAAAUCAAAAGGAAGGAUUCUGAAAAGAAAAGAAUUUUUGUUGCCCUACCGCAAUGUUAACGAUGCUCGCUUUGAUUGGCUCAAGAACACUUUUCUAAAAUACUUUGAAACUUGGCAAGAAAAUAUUAAAAAUAGAACUGGGAAUUUCCAUCUGGGUGAACGUGAAAAAAUGUUUAUUUCAUUACAAACAUACGAAGGUCUCCAUAUAACUGUGAAUUCUUUAAUUAAAGUUACCAAGUUUUUAUUAACUAGCGGAAUACCUUUCGUAUUGACUGAACGUUUUACCCAAGAUGUCCUGGAGGAAUACUUUGGGAGGCAUCGCAGCCUUGGUCGCCGAAAUGAUAACCCUACCCUCAUUCAGUUGGGAUACCAAUCAAAUGCUAUCAGAAUGCAACGAUCUGUAGCACCUGUUACUGGAAAUACCAUAGGAGCUCAUAUACAAAAGCGUAAAGUAUCGUGGAGAAUCGCUUCUGAUGAACCAUUAGGAAAAAGGUGUAAGAGCAAGAAAAAAAAAACAACAGAAUCUGAGAACAUAUGAAAAUAAUUGAUGAUAUAUUUUUAAAUACAUAAUUUUAUUAAUAAAUAAACACAUAACAAGUGGCAUAUACCAUGCUUGUUACUCUUUGGAUUGUUUUUUAAGAGUUUUACGAAGACCACCCUUAUUAUUUUUUUGUUUCAAUUUUAGUUUAUAUUUGGUGGUAAUGUCUUUAGCCAAAGAAAAUGCUCGCACUCGAAAAUAAAGUUUGACCAUAUUUUCUAAAAGGUUUUUACUAACAUCAUUAUCAAUGUCAACUCCGCAUCCUGUUAAGAUAGAAUUAUAAAAGCUGUAUCUUUCAGUAGUUCCAUAGUCAUCCUGUUAAUAUCAAUUUCUUGCAAAUGAUUAAUAUUUGUUUCAUUUUGAAAUUGAAUUUCAGCUUUUACAAAUAUUUGCUGGCAUUCAUUAUUAACAGCUGUUAGUCCACCACGAUUUUGUGCCUCAAUCAAUUCCUGAUCUGUAGAAUUUUUGCUAAUAGCGUUAUUUAAUAUUUUUAUUA